AUGGAUCCGUCAAUCCAAGCCUUCCUCGACCGCUGGGAGUCCCUCAUCGCCGCCAACACCAAGGCCCAGCAGGUGACCGCAGCCAAGAUCGACGACCUCCUCACCCGGAGGCCGGAUCUGGAACGGCGCGUCACUGAGUUAGGCGAGGCCAUGACGGCGCUGCAGCUCGCGGCGUCGACUCCUACACCACCAAGUGAGGACGCCCUCCAGGCUCCACCACCGCCAGCGACGCUCGGCAUCGAUCCUGGUGCCGGGGCAGGCGCGGCUCGCGCUCCUCACGGGUCAGAUGACCGCGGCAGGUUCAACAUCUCACGAGGGCUGUCGGGGGCGCCGUUCCAGACGCCCCCACCGCUCCCGGCAAACGGUCAGUGUGACCCUCCUCCUUCUCCCAACGCGCUAUCCCCGUUCGCGCACGCCAGCCAGCUUCUCAUCGGGCUCGGGCAGGCGCAUCCAUCCAUCUCUUUUCCGCAGUUCUCGGGAGAGAACCCGAACUUGUGGAAAACUCUCUGUGAGCAGUAUUUCACCAUGUUUGGGAUUGCGCCUUCUUUUUGGGUACCCAUGGCGGCUUUGAAUUUUUCUGGUCCGGCGUCAAUUUGGCUUCAGUCGAUCCAAAAACGCCUCUCUGAUUUUGACUGGAACUCUUUCACUGCUCACCUGUGUACGCGAUUCGGCCGUGAUCGGCACCAGAUGCUGAUCCGACAGUUUUACGCUGUCCGGCAAACUACUUCAGUCGCUGAUUAUAUUGAGAUAUUUGAAUUAAUCAUAAACCACUUGAGCUCCUAUUCUGACACUAUACAUCCGUUUUAUUUUCUCACUCGAUUCGUGGAGGGGCUAAGGAAGGACAUCCGGGCGGUGGUCCUGGUCCAGCGGCCACCAGACCUGGACACGGCUUGCGCCCUCGCCUUGCUACAAGAGGAAGUGGCUGACGGCGCGUUCGGCACAUUACCACGGCCACCCGAAGCGACUCCAAGGCCACCCGAAGCGACUCCAAGGCCGAGCAUGGCGCUGCCACUCCCUCCGCCUCCUCCGCGCCUCCCUUCCCCGUCAGGGGCCACAGAUCAUUGGGGGACGGAUGCAGUGCGCGCAGAUACAUCCAAGGUGAAGGCGCUGCGCGAUUACCGUCGGGCCCGCGGCCUCUGCUUCAAAUGCGGAGAGCGCUGGGGGCACGACCACACCUGCCCGACUACAGUCCAGCUUCACGUCGUCGAGGAAAUGCUAGAACUAUUCGGCGCCAACGACAACCAAGACGACUGCGGCACUUCCACUACACCGUGUGACACUGCCAUGGCCAUCUCACGCUCGGCGCUGGACGGCAGUGUCUCGCCCAAGGCAUUCCAACUUCUCGCCACUAUGCAAGGGCAAGAGGUUCUGUUGCUUGUCGACAGUGGCAGUUCUACGUCCUUCAUCGACCAGAAGCUCGCGCAGCAGUUGAACGGAGCCGCUCCUCUCAAGCAACCGUGCCGUGUUCGUGUGGCGGAUGGAGGUGAGCUGACUUGUACCGCAUCAAUUCCAGCCUGCCAAUGGUCCUCUCAAGGCCACGAUUUUGUCACGGAUAUGAAGAUACUUCCUCUGGGCACUUAUGACGCCAUCCUUCGAAUGGACUGGCUGGAGCAACACAGCCCAAUGACAGUCGAUUGGAAGGCGAAGUACAUUCAGUUUCCCACUCCUAUGGGACGAGCUCACCUGUUCGGCCACGAAGCCAAUUCCAACACUUGUCAUGUAAUCAACAAUGUCCAGCUCCAGAAUCUGCACCGCCAAGGCUCUCUGUUGCAUGUCAUCGUCCUAUACCAGCUUGAAGAGGGAGAAAAAGGCACUUCAACAGAACCACCUGAGCUGCAACACCUACUGGUGGAAUUCGAGGAUGUAUUUGGUGAACCUUCAGGCCUUCCCCCGCGCCGUGCCUGUGACCAUACCAUUCCUCUGGUUCCAGGCGCGCAACCAGUCAACAUCCGCCCUUAUCGCCACAAACCAGAGCAUAAGACAGAGAUCGAGCGUCAAGUGGCAGAGUUGCUUAAGUCCGGGGUGAUCCAACGCAGCCAGAGCAACUUCCCUUCGCCUGCCAUUCUCGUCAAGAAGAAGGACGGUACUUGUCGGUUGUGCAUCGACUACCGCCACCUCAAUGCCAUGACUCGUAUCAGCAAGUUCACAGUGCCUGUGAUAGAAGAGUUGCUCGAUGAGCUCCACGGAGCAAGGUGGUUCUCAAAGCUCGAUCUCCGAGCCGGCUACCAUCAGAUACGACUGGCUAAGGGCGAGGAGUUCAAGACGACAUUCCAAACGCACUUCGGACAUUAUGAAUUCAAAGUUUUGUCUUUUGGAUUGGCGGGCGGGCCAGCCACAUUCAUUGAUGCUAUGACAGAAACAUUACACCCAGUCCUCCGACACUGCGUCCUCUUGUUCUUCGACGACAUAUUGGUCUUUAGCAAGACGUGGGCAGAACACAUUGAUCACCUCAGGCAAGUUCUCGAGUUGUUGCGCAGAGAUCACUGGAAGGUCAAGCGCUCGAAGUGCGAAUUCGGCCAACAACAGCUAUCUUAUCUUGGUCACGUCAUCAGCAGCGACGGCGUAGCCACGGAGCCCAGCAAAAUUCGAGCGGUACAAGCCUGGAACACACCCAAGGACGCCAAGGAAGUGCGCCAAUUCCUCGGCCUUGCAGGGUACUAUCGCCGUUUCGUCUGCGGGUUUGGAGUGAUAGCCAGGCCCCUAUUCAACUUACUCACGAAAGGGGUGCCGUUCGUUUGGACCGAUAACACAGCACAAGCAUUUGAGCUGCUCAAGCAACAACUGAUUACAGCCCCAGUCCUCGCACUCCCAGAUUUCAACAAAACAUUCACGGUGGAAACAGAUGCCUGCGACAAAGGAAUUGGCGCAGUUUUGCAACAGGAUGACCAUCCCAUCGCCUUCAUGAGCAAGAGCCUGAGCCCCAGAUCAGAAAAGCCUGAUACACUUGGAGGAACAAAGGCUCUCAACGCCUUGGCAACAGCGUGCAUUCACGAAAUUACUGGGACCGAGCCCUCAUGGCUCGAGGACAUCGUCGCCAGCUAUAACUGCAACCCACAAGCACAGAGGCUGCUGGAGCAUUUGGCAGUGAAAGAAGACCCCAAGGGACGCUUCUCGUUACAGAAUGGAAUUCUGCGUUUCCAAGGACGCAUUUGGCUGGGUGGAUCGACCGAACUUCAACAGCGCAUCAUGGCAGCUUUCCAUGACAGCUCGAUUGGGGGGCAUUCAGGGUUCCCAGCGACGUUCUGGCGCAUUCGUCGCCUCUUUGCAUGGCCGAAAAUGAAGACCCAUGUCCUACAGUAUGUUCGGUGCUGCCCAACGUGUCAGCAGGCCAAACCAGAUAGAGCUGCAUCACCGGGGCUGCUCCAGCCACUACCCAUUCCACAGCAGCCGUGGGAAAUGAUCACGAUGGAUUUUGUGGAAGGCCUGCCUCAGUCCGGUAAAUUCAACUGCCUUUGGGUUAUCGUGGACAAGCGCACCAAGUUUGCUCACUUCCUCCCGCUGAAGCAUCCGUACACGGCAGCAAAAGUGGCCCUCCUCUAUAUGAACAGCGUGUAUAGGAUCCACGGAUUCCCCGGAGCCAUUGUGGCUGAUCGCGACCCGAUUUUCACUAGCCAUUUUUGGAGGGAACUAUUCAAGUACGCUGCAUUGGGAUGUCGCCCUUCAAAGCGAUGUUUGGGCACGACCCACGACACUUGGGAAUCACUUCUACCUCUGAAUGCACAGUCCCCGCGCUCCAUUCUUGGCUGGACGAGCGUGUAG